AUGAAUGGGGUCAAUGCCAACCCUGAUGCUCAGGUUGGGAAUGAAAAGAGGGGCAAUUGGCAUAAACGCCUGCGUCUCAGGAAGACCUCUUUUUCAUUCCCUGCUGAACGAAACACUGUGAAACAGGAGAGGGAUGUUAUGGCAUGUGGAUGGAAAGUAACAGAGAAGUCCAAAAAAUGGCCUCGACGUCUCGAGGCAGCAAACACCUUCAAGUGCUCCACGUGCAACGAUGGCAUCUCCUUCAGACCCCGCGAAAUAAAAAUGCAUUAUAAGAUCGCCCAUGGAGGCGAAGGAAGCCCACCGAUGUUUCCAUGCAACAUGUGCAAUUUCUCCUCGCCAGUGUUCACUACGCUUCAGCAGCACCGAAUGCAACACGAGGAUUGUUUGUUCGCUUGUGAGAUUUGUGAUGACAACGUCCAGCGAACGCUUUCCCAACUGACCAAACAUUGUCAAACCCACCAUGCUCUAAAAGGUCAAUACUACUGUCCGAAGUGCAAACUGUCCAUCCAGGAGAUUAAGCAGUUUGUGUGUCACUCGUGUUGCAUUACUAAUGGCAAUGCACAGAAAGAUGAUCUCUUAAAGCACAUGACUGCUGCAUGCCGUCAAAGGUGGAGCCGCAAAGAUUGGUGGAGAAAGCGGGCACACGUCAAGCAAGACAAUAACAUGUCCCAAGAGUUCAAGUUCUUACUUCCAAAACCAGACGCCCAAUGGACGUCCCCAUUGCUCCCGUUCUCCACACCCGGUCUACUGGACGACCACGGCGUCUUGCUGGAUCCAGAAAAGACCUUGGAGGAAACGCAGCAGUUUCUUGAGAGGACCAUUUGUAGUGCUAAAAACUGGCCUGCAUGUCUUAAAAACGAGCAAGCGGCAACAACACCCCAUCCAUCAAAAACGAAUGCGAAGCGAUGUGUCACGCCACACACUGGGAAAGAUAAGCUAAGUGGACUCAUGGAGAAAAACAAUAUAUCCAUUCCCCCAGAUUGCACUACAAAGGUGGUCAGGUUCAAGAUGGUGGACGGCAAAAAGCAUUUAGUUCUCAAAGUCAUUCCUUCAAACAAGCGAGACGCUUCGAAGGAUACUCACACUGUGAAACCUGCCAAUCAGCAAGACGAAUCCAAUGAUAUUUCAAUCGCUAAUACCUCAGGAAACUGUUCUCAGGUGACUUUUAUAAAGGCUUCGACCCAAAGACAGAAGCAGGGACGAUGUGUAGCACAGCGGAACUUUUUGUCUUCGGUGUUUGAGAGGAUAAAAAGCCAACAAACAGAUGGAUGCAACAAUCAGGAAACUGCACCCAUUAAAGCACGCAACCGUAAUUCACAUAUUCAAAGUCCCCGUGCAAAAAGAGCGGAAGACUGCCAAGACAAAGCUCUCAGAGAAUCCCAGGAAAACUUUACCACAUGCCAAGGAGAUUCAGGAUGCCAUAGUGAUCUGACCUCGGAUACAGGUUCUUUGGAAGAAAGGUGUAGGUGUUCACGACUUCUUACAACGGUGUUUGAUGAAGAACACAAUCUUGCACUGGAUUCAAACUGCAUUAACCAUCAACCAAACACAUGCUCCAUCUCUGGGUUUGAUUGCGUGAGUCCGUCCUCUAGAUCUCCCUUAAAGGAUCGGACUGAGUCUUUGUGUCAAAGUGAAGCAGGGGGCCUGUUAUUCCAUGGCAAUGCUGACGAAUGCACAAACAACAUGGACCCCAGAGAUUCUCUGGUCCCAGUAGAAAGCCUCAGUGCUCCAGACCAGCUUCACAUGGUGGGUGAGCUGCCUUUAACAACAGCCAUCCAUUGGCACAACAGCUCUGAUGAACAUCUGAAAGAUUUAACACACGCUGGAGGUACAAGCCAGCGAUCUGAUCCGGUCUCUUUGCUGCCUGAUGAUUCAAACUCUUCCACAUCUGCAUCAGUUUCUGGAUCCAGCUCGUCAGGCGGCCCUCUCACAUCGCUGAACAGAAAGCGCAUGGUGGAAACGUCCUCGGCUGACCCUCCCAUCAGUAAAUCCCCGAAGCAAUCAGAAGACUCUGUCCUCUUCUGGGAGCCGGUGCCUCGAGACGCUUCGGUGACUCUUCGACUGAUUCCCUACAGCUCUUCGCAAUCUGUUAAAAUCCCUCGCGACAAGCAGCCUGUCAUAGUUCUCAACCAUCCCGACACUGAUAUCCCCGAAGUCACAAACAUCAUGAAAGUCGUUCACAAGCACAAAGGAAAUGUGCAACGUGUCGUACUUUCUCAUAAAACUCUCCGAGCUCUUUCCGAGUUUAACUGCGACUCCCUUCGCCAUAACUUUGUCGCUAAUUGCCACGCAUCCCACCGCAGGAGAGAAUGGCCAAACGGGACGGUUAAAGAACGGUUCAGCUUGAAACUGAGGCUCAGAAGAGUGUGUGGAAGAAAAUACACCGUAGUGCCAACAGUGUCGGGAAGCAUCGUUCUUCAGCCAACGUUUAAAUGCUGGUUCUGCGGGCGGCUUUUCACAAACCAGGAAGCUUGGGUGGGUCACGGACAAAGGCAUCUAAUGGAAGCAACCAGAGGGUGGAACCAGCUCUUCAACAGAUAGAAAUGCAUUCAUCUUCAUUUUUAAGAAGGGUUACUGUGUGCAUCUUAGGGUGAGAAAUAUACAGUCGUGGUCCAAAUACGUUUCGUUCUUUACAGUAAUAAACCCUUGUCGGGUGACUGACUCUUUCAAGUUGACACGAGCAAGCAUUAUGUAUUUCGCUCCACGAUGUGAAAACGUGCAGUGCAUUAUCUAGUAGAUUAAAAAUCACUGUUUUGAGACAGUGUGUGAUUACUGCAGAGAUCUCAGGUGAUAUUCCACUCAACAUCAGUUUGUCUUAAUACUUUAUGUAGUUUUGCAUUAUUUUAUUGCUUUAUUUUUGAUAGGGUGUGUGUCAUUUAACCAUUAUUAUACUUUGUUGCUUUACUAAUCAUCUCUCAUAAGGCUUUGUGAUUGAAAUGUUUACAGAAAUUGUUGAUUGU